UUUUCUUUUAGAAAGUAAUAUGGUAAAACACAUUUGAAUCAUUUCUUUUCUUUUAAGGAUGAACGUGAAGCCAGAGAAAAUGUGAAGAGAGAGCAAGAUGAGGCCUAUCGCCUUUCACUUGAAGCUGACAGAGCAAAGAGGGAAGCUCAUGAGAGAGAGAUGGCAGAACAGUUUCGCUUGGAGCAGAUUCGAAAAGAACAAGAAGAAGAGCGGGAGGCCAUUCGGCUCUCCUUAGAGCAAGCCCUGCCUCCAGAGCCAAAAGAAGAAGAUGCUGAGCCUGUUAGCAAAUUGCGGAUCCGGACCCCCAGUGGAGAGUUCCUGGAGCGGCGUUUCCUGGCCAGCAAUAAGCUCCAGAUUGUCUUUGAUUUUGUAGCUUCCAAAGGAUUUCCAUGGGAUGAGUUCAAGUUACUGAGCACCUUUCCUCGGAGAGACAUAACCCAGCUGGACCCAAAUAAAUCAUAUUGGAGGUAAAGUUGUUCCCUCAAGAAACCCUUUUCCUUGAAGCAAAAGAGUAAACACGGCCCAGCGGUGGACCCCCGCCGUCCCUUGACAAGCAGAGGGCCCACAUCAGGAGAAGGGCUCUUUGCCAUCCCACCUACACGCUCGUCUCACAGAGUUCAAUGUCACACUUCUGCCUCUUGCAAGAUUGCUGGAAAAAAAAAAGUAAUAAUAAACAUAGCUACUUAAAUGUCCCAUCCACGAGUAUAUGUUCCCAACCCUCAUAGAGAAAUUACAACUCUGCCACCCUCCCUAAUGCCUUCACCCCCGCCCUCGUUCAGUGACUGACGCACUGUUAAGUGCAAGUGAUCACAGAGUAGAAUUUAUAUGUCUCCAGCACCCAUCCUCUCCCCACAGGUGUCUAGGAUAGUUCCGCCUGUCCCAGGACACCAGGAUGCUAUGUACUUGAUAUGUCUCAUUGAGCCAGGGCUCAUACAACCUCUGCCCUUUUAUUUUCAUUACUGGUUUCUACUUUGUCACCUACUUUGAAGGUGGGGGGACUCAAUGGACCUUCUUGGCCUGGAGAUGAAACGUUAUUGUAGAAAAAAAAAUGCAUAUCAUUUUUGUUGGUACUUUCUGACCUCUUACUAAGAUGUAAGAUUGUGUUUGAGGACUGCAUUUGACACAUAUGCAAGAUAUUUAUUUACUGCUGCCACCUUGGGUCUCCAGGUCCCACCUAGGACAUGUUUGCUAUUCCACUGCAGCAGGGGACGCUGUUCACGCACACAGUGUGAAUGUUGUGAUAGUGUGAGGAGGACCAGCACCAGGACGUCAGUGUCUGGCUGGGCUGCAGGAGGCUGCUGGCCCUUCAGUGUACAAUAAACGCAGCUCCCUCCUGCUUUUCUUUCCCUCUUUCCUUCACUAAUUCGGACCUUGUCACUUGGUGUUACAAGCCCCUUGUCUAUCACCAAAAUCUUACCAGUUGUCCCUUGGACUCUGGACCCAGCUGUAAUAAGGAAUUUGUUCCACUUUUUAUUCUUUUGGUGUUUUAAAUAUUAGAUAUUGGACUCCCAUCUCAAUGGAAGGGAUCUUAUUCAAUGGCUGAAAAUUUCUGAUUUCAUAUGUUUAAGAGAACAAACUUUGGGGCUCAGCUCAGAUGACAUGUGUUGCCUGAAUCCACAUAUAAUUUUGGGAUGAUUUAGUAUAUGGGGAUUUUUUGUUCAUCUAUGGAUUUGGGGGUUAGGGUUCAGUUCAUGGAAACACUGUUUAUACCUUUACCAACAAUGAUUCCUUUUCAGUCUUAGAAUGUUUCUUUACAUCUGUUUUUGUGUCAACCUGUGGUCUCUAUCCUAGGGUUGGGAUCCUGAUUGACAUUUUGUACUUGUGCAAAAGAGAAUCUUAAGUGCUGGGUAGUUUUUCUGGCCUAAGCAAGGGGUUAUCAGAAGACUACUGAAGCCCAAGAUACACCUGGUCAUUCUCCCUCUGCCCAGAAGUGGACACUGGCCAAGAAAAUUCCAUUUGUGUCUUUUCUCUGUUGCUCCAACCAGGGACGUCCCCUGAACACACUGUUAACAGAGUUGUGUUCCUAACAGGCGCGUGCUGCGUCUGCCUAGGUGCAGGCCUUCCUCCGGCCCCAGAGGUCUCUCCAGGGAGGCCAAAGGGAAGAGACCCCCUGCGGGGGGUUCAGCCUGAGCACUUCCAGCUCCACUCUACCUUCUGGCCUAGUGGCCCGAUGCUACAGAUGCAUAGAGCACCAGCUCUCCUUUUUCCAGGUAGACCUUGCUCUGUAGCCGCCAUGGAGAAGCCACAGCCCUGAAACUCAGGCCAUACUCAGGAACAGCAGCAAGGGGGUGGGUGGGGGUUGAAGGGGUGGGGACUCUGAAUUCACUUCAUGUUUAACCUGUUCCAUCUGAUUUGGUUUGACGUCAUCACACUGUUCCUCCCUAACAUCCUCACUUCUGUAUUCCAAUAAUAGAGACUUUACUCUGAAACUGAUUUCAUAAAAGUUAUUAAAUGCUACUUGAAUGUG